AUGGGUUCUCAAAUGUUGUAUCGUGUAUUAUUUCUAUUAAGUUUCUAUAUAAUUCAAACAAAUGGAGAACUUCGUUUUGCUAAUUAUUAUCAAGAUAAUAUGGUAUUACAACGUGCUCCUCAACGUGCUGUUGUUUGGGGAUUUGGUGACACAAAUGUUUUAACAACAUUAUCAAUAAAUAAUAAAAUCUAUGAAGCAAUGAGUGAAGAUAAAAUAAAUAAUUUGGGUGAAAGUAUCUGGUCAGUAACACUUGAUGCUGAAAUUGAUGAAGGUCCAUUUGAAAUCGUUGUAAGUCAACCAAUUGCUAAUGGUUCACUUGUUUCAAUAACAUUAAAAAAUGUUUUAUAUGGUGAUGUUUAUAUAUGUUCAGGACAAUCAAAUAUGCAGUGGGCUGUUAGUCAAAUAUUUAAUGGAUCAGUUGAAAUUGCAAAUGCAGGAAAUUAUCCUAAAAUUCGAUUAUUUGGUGUAUCAAGAAUUGGUGCAAGUUCACCUGUUGAAGAAUUACCUGGUAUUGGUUUACGAUGGUCCGUUGCAUCAUCAGCAAUUGUUGGAAAUGGAUAUGCAUCAGCUGUUUGUUGGCUUUAUGGACGAAUGGUUCAUGUUGCAUUAAAUGGAAGACCUAUGGGUCUUAUUAAUACAUCAUGGGGUGGAACUGCUAUUGAAUUAUGGAUGCCAAGACAAGCUUUAACUGAUUGUGGAAUUACAAAAAAUGAAACAAAUCCACAUGAACCAAAUGAAUAUGAUGAUGGUGAGAGAGUGUCAGCAGUAAAUACUGAAUUAUAUAAUGGAAUGAUUUAUCCAUUUACACGAAUGGUUGUCGCAGGUGCUCUUUGGUAUCAAGGUGAAUCCAACGCAGGAUAUAAUCGAGAUAAAUAUAUUUGUACAUUUUCAAAAAUGAUUACAUAUUGGAGACAAGUUUGGAAUACACGUACAAAUGGAAUUACAGAUAUUAAUUUUCCAUUUGGUUUUGUUCAAUUAUCAACUAAUCGUAAUGACACAAUUGGUAUUGGAGGUUUUCCAUGGAUUCGAUGGUAUCAAACAUUUGGUGUUGGUUAUGUACCUAAUGAUGUUGUACCAAAUGUAUUUAUGGCUGUUGCUAUGGAUUUAAGAGAUGAUCCAGCAAAUAUCCAUCCUCGUACAAAACAUGAUGUUGGUUAUCGUUUAGCACAGGCUGGUUUAGCUGUUGCAUACGGACAACAAGUAGAAUAUCUAGGUCCUAUUGUAUCAACUGUUACUCUUGAUAGUGCAACUUCAACAAUUGAUAUAACUUAUUCAAAAGUAACAGGAAUUGAUUUAAGAAGCCCAAAUGGAUUUGAAGUCUGUUGUCAAGGUGCACAAUGUUCAAAUGAUAAUUUAUGGGUAGCAUCACCAGUUUCAUUAAAAAAUACUUUAACAGUUACAGUAUCAAUACCAACUACAUGUCAAUCAAAAACAAUUUAUGGUGUUCGUUAUUUAUGGCGUGAAACUCCUUGUGAAUUUAAACUUGCACCUGUUUAUAGUUUAACAGAUCCAAAUCUUCCAUCACCACCAUAUCUUAAAAUAUUUUAA